AUGAGCCUACAGAAUAUUCAUUUCGAAACUGCAGUUUGGGAGGAAAACGGCCCACAAUGGUUCAUAAUUCCCUUUAGUGGGAUCACGGAUAAAUGUGUGGUCGUUGCGGAUUGCCAUGGCUUCAUUGAUUCGGCAUUUGAGGCAUUCGAGUUUCACUCCCCGAAUUUCUCGGCGGUCACAAUAAUAAGUGGUGUGCACUUCAUAUUCGCGCAUUAUCCAUUCGCUGUGAUGAGCGACCUUCUGGACGGCAUGCUCCAGGCCAUCUGA